GCUGGUUAUUUACCUACUGAUAAUAAACGUGUCUUCUUGAACUAAUUUUUAAUUUGCACCUAUUAAUGGCUUUGGCAAUUAAAAGAAUUUUGAAACCACUCAUUAACAAUAAUGGUCACCUUUUUGUUGCUAACCUACAGAAAAAUCGAAAUCCUAUGUGCAGAAACUGCUCUACUGCUGUCCAGAGUUCAAAGGUCAAAAUGAACAUGUACCAGGCCAUUACUAGUGCUCUGGACAACACACUGGAAGAAGAUCCGUCUGCAGUGCUGUUCGGUGAGGAUGUGGCGUUUGGAGGUGUUUUCCGUUGCUCGUUGGGACUGAAAGACAAGUAUGGCUCGGACCGAGUGUUCAACACUCCUUUGUGUGAGCAAGGCAUCGUGGGCUUCGGCAUCGGACUGGCAGUCACCGGCUCAACGGCUAUUGCUGAGAUACAGUUUGCUGACUAUAUAUUCCCUGCCUUUGAUCAGAUAGUCAAUGAGGCAGCAAAGUACAGGUACCGCAGUGGGGGCCAGUUUGACUGCGGGGGCCUGACUAUCAGAGCCCCGUGUGGAGCCGUGGGCCACGGGGCUCUGUACCACUCACAGAGUGUUGAAGGAUACUUUGCCCACACACCUGGCCUCAAGGUGGUUGUCGCCAGUGGAGCCCUUAAUGCCAAAGGAUUGUUGAUCUCCUGCAUAAAAGACAAGGAUCCUUGCGUUUUCUUUGAACCGAAGAUUCUAUACCGAUCUUCCAUAGAGGAAGUUCCCUCCGAUUCCUUCACCAUUCCUCUCAGCAAAGCCCAUAUUGUUCAAACAGGUUCAGACGUAACAUUAAUCGGAUGGGGCAACCAAGUCCAUGUUUUAAAAGAGGUUGCAGAUUUGGCGAAAAAGCAACUUCAAGUCAACUGUGAAGUCAUAGACCUCCUGACAAUACUGCCAUGGGACGUGGACACUGUUUGUAAGUCAGUGAAGAAGACAGGACGCGUGAUAAUCUCCCACGAAGCUCCUUUGACAGCUGGGUUUGGAGCAGAAAUGGCAGCAACAAUACAGGAGGCGUGCUUCUUACACCUGGAGGCUCCUAUACAGAGAGUGACUGGCUUUGACACACCCUUCCCUCACGUGUUUGAACCCUUCUACCUGCCUACCAAGUGGCGGUGCUUAGAGGCCAUCAAACAAGUUAUCAACUACUAGAAUACUCUUUAAGUACCUAACCUUCAAGGCUGAAAGUAUCUUUUUAAAUUUGGUCUUAACCUUAACAUUGGCGUAAAAGUUCGAGGGAGGGAUAAUGCUCUGGGUGCCAGCCUACAGAGAAUCAAAAAAAAGUUAAAAGGUAUAAGUUAAAUUUAGAUUAACGUACAUAAAUAUAGCUGGGUAGGAAAUUGGUUGUAGUGCUCGCCUAGUAAUAAGAAGGUUGUCCGAAGAAAAUUCAUUAUCUAUUUGGUGUAGUUUGACUCUAGAUCCAGCCGUACUUAAUUUUGUGCUUUAAAUGAAUGAUCCUGCCUAAAAACCAGCUGGUCUUAGGUCAACAUUUUAUUCAUUCAUUUGUUCACUCAUCCUAGCCUUCAAAUACCCACCCUCUGGUGUGUUGGAAUUCCGUUAAAAAUGUAAUAAUGUAAUCAAAUCUAAUCUAUAGGGUGGAAACUUAAAACUAGGAUUAAAAUUAUUACGUGUUAAGGCUUAUAAAUAACCAACAUUUUGUUGGGUAGGACUUCUGGCCCCUCUCCAGUCUUUUAUCAUUAUCAUUACCAAAUUGAGAUGGGGACGCCACCUGUAUGCAUAAACCCAAAUAUGAGUGAAGGAUGAGGUAGAAUGUUGUGAAAUGGUCUGUGUAGCUUUGUUACUGACUAAGAUCAGCUGUUCCAUUGGUCAGAAAUUUUUAUUUAAAGCCCAAUGAUGAGGGGAAGCUGGGUCCAUUUUCAAACCAUAUAAAAGCUACUGACUUUUCUCAGGAUCGAUCUGGCAACCUUUUGAUUGCUAGGAGAGCACUAUUACCACUCAACUACCUAUAGCCUCUGAGGUAUGCCAUAACUUCCAUUGAUACCCUUAGGUAGAGCCCUCACUGACCCGCCGAAUAACAUCUGCUCCGAGUGCCAAGAGAACUUGCUACGUCCAGGCCCGUUUUUUACUUUUUCUUUAUGUUUCUCUUAAAACAAUUUCUCAAGUCACAGAUACUAAAACUCAAUUAACAUUUUAUCAUUCAUAUUUUUCAACUUUACUGUCAUUCGGAAUACUUGUGUGGGGAAAUUCUUGCCAUGGUAAAAAGAUUUUUAGGCUUCAAAAGAAGGCACUUAGAACUAUAGCUAAUGUAUCCCGAAGAGGUCCAUGCAAAAUCAUCUUUCAGACAUUUCACAUUUUGAAAUUUUACGACUUGUAUAUUUUAGAAGCAUUAUUUUGGGUAUUUAACAAUUUGUCAAUUUUCAGGGAGGGUCAAACAAACCAUAGGUAUAGCACUAGACAUAAGAACCUAAUUAAGCCCAUACUAGCCAUAGAUUAUCACUAUUUGAAUCAUCACCUCAAUAUAUUGGACCAAAAAUUGUGUACCUUUAUUCCUGAUAAUUUUAAAAAACAAUGCAAAUCCAAAAAAAAUCAAACAAAAAUGUAAAGACUGGUUACCGGUACUGACAAAACAUGUUAUUCAUUAAACGAGUUUUUAAGUGGAAAUUGUAAGGGUUAAGUGUUAAAAUUAUUUUAUUUGGAUUUUUUUACUAUUUAGAUUUAAGUAUUAUAAUGCAUUGACUGACAAGUCCUGUCAUUUUAUGAUGUAAUGGCAUUCUGUAAAUAAAUAAAUAAAUUACCCGGUCAGCGCCCUAGGCACAACUAAUAGCAGCGCCCCUUUGUAUUGCCAAAAUAUAUAUAUGAUGUACCAAUUAUUUGACUAAACAUCAUAUUAUUAUUCCUUGCAUACUAUCAUUUUAAUUUAAAUAAUUAAUUAUUAAUGAAUUUUAUUUCAGUUUAAAAUAUCAUAAUUUCAUUAAAACGGGACGAAAAUUAGCACUCUCAAGUUCUUGAUUUACACAAAUUCAAUUUGGUGAUGCUUUUUACACUAAAUAUGGUACAGUACAAAUAGAAAAUAUAAAGUCAUGUUAUUUGAAAUAUAUUUUCUACUUUCAAUAGGUUUUUUGUAAAGUUCAAAAAUCGUGCAAUGCUUUAGAUAUCAUGUAAUUUUAUUGU